AUGGCAGAGACUUAUCAGAGCACUUUAUACUCGGAGUUAUUCAACGAUAGUAUCGAUAACGACGAUGAUUUUUACAAAUCCAUAUUUGUUACCCCAAUAGCAAAAGACUUAUUAACAACUGUAUUAAACACAAACACAGAGGCUAUAGUGUUGACAUCUGAAGUCUCUGAUAAAAACUUGUUAAUUUUAAGCAGAAUUUAUUUUAGUGGAUUGAAAGUUCUUGCUCAAGCAACUAAUUAUCAUCCCCUGGAUGUAACUAAAUUGUCCAAUGAAAAAGUCAAAUCUAUAGUAGGAAUUUCAAAACAAAACCGGACAGUAUCAUCUGAAAAACUAUUUGACGAUGAAAGUGGAGAUAUUACUGAACUAAAUGGGAACGUACUGAAGAAUACAAGUAAACAAACAUUGAAUGAAUUUGAUGAUGGUGACGAUUUAACAACUCUAAGCGGAGGAAGGCAAGGUUGGCAGGAUCUGCUAAGUAACAACCCAGGUUUUCCAUUAAAAGAUGAGAAUGCGUUUAGUAAUCUAAGUGAAAAAGAUAGAAUUGAUCUAAUUGGAAAUGUAUUAAAAAUAUUUCAAGUCUGGUUCCAGAAUUUAAUUGAUGUGGAUUUCAAACUUGAAGUAUCUCAGAGAUCUUCUGGUAUUCAAUUAAAAUUAAGAGUAUUUGAAUUCUGUGGAGAGAAUAGUAACGGAUCUUUCUUAAUUGAAUUAUUCACUAUAUUAAAAUCCUUUUUGGCUACUGCUAUUAAAGAGAUAGAGGACACGGAUCUGGAAUCGAAAUUCAUCAGCUUAUCUGCAAUUAAAGAAAGCAUCAAUUUACUAAAGAAAGUUUUCACACUGAUUUUUUUGGACCUCGAUAUGCAUAAAAAAGGUGAUAAUGAGUUUAAAUCGCUAGUAAAAUUGUUGCUGGUAUUCUUUGAAGUUGACUUUGCUGAUGAAUUUUGGAAACUUAUAAAACUUACAAGUCCAGAUUUGGAAGACAAUAACUACAAACCACCUAAAAUUGUGCUAUCACUUGAAACUAUGUCAACUUUCUAUUUGUUAAUGGGGGUUUUAGCUAAUACUCCAUCGUCAUUGUUUUCUGAGGGAAAACGCAAUGCUGAUAUCACCACAUUUUCCGUGGAAAUGAAAAACCCAUAUAAAAGUUAUUUUUCCCAGGAUUUCAAGUGGGAUGUUUUCAAUCAGCAAGUAAACCUGAAAUUAUUACCCUUAUUUUGUGUGGAGUUCAACUACUGUUAUAACUUUCGUCCCGAUUUAGUGUUAGAACAGAUUCAAAAUAGCUCACUUAUUAACUGGAUAAGUGGGAAUCGUUUGAGUUCUGAUAUAUAUGUUAAUUGCCUAACAUCUCAAACGAUCACAAAUUUGGAAGUAAACAAAAAGUUGAGUGUGGCAGGCUCUAAAAGUGACUUGUAUUGUCAAGAAUUGAACAAAAUAUAUAAUUCAAAAAUCCAAAAUUUACAGGCUAAACAAUCUAACGAAGAAAUGAAUUUGGACUUGUCUAAAAUUUUCCCCGUUUUCCUUCACAUGUACACAUUUGCUCAAAAUUCAUCUUUUAACAGUAUUCUUACUACCCAACAGUAUCACUUUUACGAUAAAAUUGAUGAUAGAACAGAUGACGAAUUGAAUAACGUGGAGCUUUUUGAAGUAUGGGUUUGUUUAUUGUCGUAUGUUUUUGAAUACCAAUAUAGGUCAACUUUGAUGCAAGAUUUAACUCAACUUGCAUUAUCGACACUAUUAACUUUGCCAUUGAAUAAUUUGGUGGAUUAUCAAAUUAAUGAGUAUAAAUGGAAAUUGUGUCAUCAGAAGGUGCCAUUUGUACCUCUUGAUUUGGGUGCCAAGGGACACAAACCAAGUAUUUUUUACAUUUUAGAUACUGUACAAAACUUAUUAAGGUUUAAUCUAACUAAUAGACUCCAUGUCGUUAAUCUUUCUAUGGGACUAAAUUUGAUGUAUAAUAUUUUGGAUCACGUAAAAGCAGAUUCCAAUAUUGAAUUGGAUAAGUAUUCGUGGGAUAACUUAUUUUUGAGUUUGUUUGGAUUGAUCAAGUUUAUUAAAAAGCAAAACCUGUUGAUAUUGAAAUACAUUAAUCAACGUGAUCUAGGUUCUUUAACUGAAGAGUGUUUCUUGGUUUUGAAUUUGUUGCUUGAUACUAGGUUUUCUUCUGUGAAACAAGUCAUUGUCCAAGAGAAAUCGAGUUUCAUGGGCCUAUUUGAUUCUGAUGAAACUAGAUCUAUAAACUACGCGUUAAUUUACAAUAUUUUAUUGAAUUUCGAAGUUAUUCAAACAUUGAUAAACGAGUUUGGGUUAUCUGAAAGCGAACACUUGACAAAUUUGUUUCAUUGUAUGGAACAUUUUGACAAACUUUUUUAUUUAACUGAAGAUUCGAAAAAGGAAAGACUUUAUAAAAAGACUGAGGUGCUUGAUUUUGAUUUUGAUUCCCCUGUGUUUGUUGCUGCAAUCAACUCAUUCACUGACGCAAAGAAUAGUAAUCAGACUGAGAACUCAACAGAGGGUACGCAAUCACCAAUCACAUAUCAGUAUAAUCAAACAUUGAAAUACUCCUUGAAACAGAAACAGAGAGCUGUGUUGGAUGACCAAGCUAUGUUUAGUCUUAUCCACCGGACUUUCUUUUCAGAAUGA